AUGGCAUCUCAAGAUGAAAUUCAUCAGCAUGAUCAACAUAAAAAUGUUCAAUAUUCAAAAUCAACAUUUGCUGUUCUAUUAGCUGCCUUUUCUUCCUUGGCUGGGUGGUUUUUUGGGUAUGAUCAGGGUGUGACUGGUGGAAUAGUUGUCAUGAAUUCAUUUAAAAAUGACUUUUGUGUUGGUAUAUACGCCAAUGCAAAUGUUUGCGAUCUUCCAGUAGCUGCUUUGCCUGCCGAUUACAGACGAUUUAUAGUAUUCUUUACGCUAUUGUAUAAUCUCGGUUGUUUUAUUGGUGCUAUAUUCAUUUCUUCAUUUAUAGCUGAAAAAUAUGGACGUCGAGCCAUUAUUUUCACUUCAGCAGUUCUAUUUUUAAUUGGUACUUCAAUUGUCAUUUUCCCCCCAGGUGGUUCGAAAAAGAUAAUGAUUUUGAUACUUAUUGGGCGAGUUGUCGAAGGAGCAGGUGUUGGAUGUUCUUCAUUUUCUUGUCCAUUAUAUGCUUCUGAAAUAGCUCCAACACAUUUACGUGGAAUGCUUUCUGGAUUUAUGCAAAUGACGAUUGUAAUCGGCUUAUUUGCUGCAAAUGUCGUCAAUUUCUUAAUUCAAGAUCAUAAAUGGGGUUGGCGAUUGUCAAAUGGAAUUAUUUUAAUCUCUCCAAUUACAAUUAUGAUCGGCAUAUUUUUCUGUCCUGAAACUCCUCGAUGGUUAUUCAAGAAUAAAAGUAGAGAAUCAGCAGAGAGAAGUUUACAACGUAUUCGUAGAACAGAUAAUGUAACUGCUGAAUUAGAUGCUAUUGCUGAUGCUAUACAAAAAGAAGGUAACCAAAGUUCGAUCAAAGAACUAUUUACAACAAAGAAAAUGCUUCAAAGACUUGGUAUAGGAAUGGGCAUACAUAUUUUAGCACAGACAUCGGGUAUCAAUGUUGUAUUUACAUUUGGUGGUAUUAUAUAUGAAAGUAUUCUUGGAAAGGGUAUCAUAUCAUUAUUAGUUUUGUCUGGUGCACUUAUGUUCAGCACAUUUCCGGCCUUAUUCUUAUUUGAUAGACUAGGACGUCGAAAACUUCUCAUACUUGGAGCUUUUGGUAUGGUAGUUGGCCAUUUCGUAGCAGCAACAGUAUUUGCUACAGGUUGUGGCGUAAUCAAAACUAUCACUAAUGACACUACAAUGAAUCAUGAAAUUGUGAAUUGUGAAAGAAGUUCUGGUAUAUUAAUGCUUGUCUCUACAACUAUUUUUGUAUGUUUUUUUGCAAUUUCUUGGGGACCAGUCGCUUGGAUUUAUGCAGCUGAGAUUUUUCCUCUUAAUGUUAGAGCUACAGCUGUUUCAAUAACUACAGGAAGCUCGUGGUUUUGUUGUGUCAUCAUAUCAUAUGCACUCGAGUUAAUAAAUCCAUUAGGAAUACAUGGAGUAUUUUAUCUUUUCGGUAGCUUUUGUUUAUUGGCCGCAAUAUACGUAUAUCUUUUUUGUCCAGAAACGAAAGGAAUUUUACUGGAAGAUAUUGAAGAAGAAUUUGAUAAUUUUCAGUUGAAAAAUAGAACAAUAAUAAAAGUCUUGCGAACAUCAUGUCAGGGGAGAAUAAAAAGAAGGAAUAAAAUCAUUGAUAUUCCAAUGUAAUAAUAAUGUAUUUUAUUUGAUGUUCUGUGCUUAUUCUGAAUGUGUCAUCUUUUACUUCUCAUAUCUUGAUUUCAUCGUUUGUUUAUUCAUAUAAUGUUAUUCUUUACUUGUUUGUCUCCUUUCUUUCAUUUUCUUCCACAAUGACUAUUUAUCGUUAGUUAUUUUGUUGUUUAUCUCCUUUCUUCUCGUAUUUAGAUUAUCUGUCUCUCUCUCUCUCGUUUCACAAGUAACAUACAUCGAACAUCGAUACACUUGACUCUAGACUGACAGAAUUUACAUAUCUAGUACAUACGUGUAUCUAGGUAUGAAUAUGCUUUACAUAAGGUGCUAGAUAAAUGCAAGAAAUAACUCAACAUGUAACAAAUAGGCGUUUCACAAAACCAAUCUUUUUUUAUUAUAAAAUUUGAUUUGUAUUUUUAUAAAGAAAAUCGAUUCCUAAUAUGCCAUAUAUUCUUUCAUAAUCUUCAUGAAAUUUAUUUUCGACUUUAAAUGAUGAUUAAAGACAGUGAAUGAAUUAUUUUUUUGUUGUUUAUUGAUAUACAUCGAACUACUGGACUUGUAUCAAUGACAUGAGAUCAAAAAUAGUAGUAUAAUGAUUUUAGCGAUUUUUUGGUCGAAUUUUCAAUAUUUUGAAUAAAACUCUUGAAAUUGAAAAUGUUUCUAUUUUUCAUCAUUAGUAUUAUUGUAUAUCUUCUUCAUGUAUGGAGUGAAUCGUAUAUUACAUGUAUACCGAGUGUCACAAAAGUUUUGCAACAUUUUGUGUUUUGCAUAUAGCUCAGUUCAGACAAAAAAUAAAAUCUUGAAUUUAAUUUUGGAAGAUGCGUAAUUUAAUUCUCUAUAAAUUUGUGUUUAGCUUAAUUUAAAAUAAUACAUCUCAACAUUUUUAUGGGUCAAAAAUAUGACUAUAUGAAUUGUAUCUACUUCCCACACAGUUUUUUAUUGAAUUGUUCUUUUCGUGUGAACGAAUAUUUCGCUUUUAAAAAAAGUAGACUGUCAGACGGCUUUCGAAAGGUUCGGUCGAUCGCUUAAUAUAAUUAACAUUCAGUCUUUCUGUUAGACAGAAUUUUUUGUGAACCAAUAUUGUGACAAUCGCAAAAUUUCCUCUCAAUUAUCCAUUUUGAGAAAAGCAUCUCUUAAAAACGUGACCGUGGACCCAACGGAGUUCAUUUUUGCAGUACUUUGUAAGAAAUGGACUUCUCUUUCUUCUUAAAGUUCAAAAAACAAUUUUAUAAAACAAUUCAGGCGGCAGAAGAAUUUGGAUGUUGUCAAGAAUGCUGUUUUUGCAGUAGCAUACCUAACAGACCAUUUUUAUUAGGUUCAAAUAUAUUGUAAUCGAACGCAGAUAAUUUAUUCUAAAAGGGCAUUGAUAUCUGAUAGUAUUGUUGAUAAUUAGUUUUUUUAAACGCCUGUUUAUAAUACGGGAUAAUAAGAAAAUAUGUAGUCAGAAAGACGUGUGGAAAGUAGAUGCAAUUCAUAUAGUCACACUUUUUGACCCAUAAAAAAGUUAACGUCUAUUAUUUUAAAUUAGACUAAAUACAAAUUUAUAGAGAAUUAAAUUACGCAUCUUCCAAAAUUAAAUUCAAGAUUUUAUUUUUUGUCUGAACUGAGCUAUAUGCAAAACAUAAAAUAUUGCAAAACUUUUAUGACACCUGAUAUAGAUUAAUAAAUAUAACCUAGAAUGUAUACAGUUCUUUACAAUUACUUAUAUUAGCGCUAUUUCUAUUUAAGCAAUUAUUAUUAUCACAAUAUUCGACAAAUAAAAUUUUCAUUCAUCCAAAUUUCAUGCUUCGACUCAUUCUCUAACUCUUAAUAAUUAUUACAUCACAUCUUCAUGCAUGUAACAUUAUACACGGUUGGAAAUAAUAUUAUUCCAGGGGAGUAUCGCUAUAAUUUCAAAUAGAGUAAAUAAUGAAUUUUAUAUCAAAUAAAAGCCCGUCAAAAAUGGGAUUUAUUCAUAUGAAUAAAAAAGGACUGUAAAGACUUUUCGUGGUCGAACUUUGACAAUUUCUAGAAAUCCAUGUACCACAGUCGCAGCAAAAUUUUUUGUUACGCGAGAGAAAUCAAAUUAGCUAUGGGAUAAAACUACUUAACAUAGCAAAGCUAGGUUUAUUUUUUAUCAUUCAUUAGGCCAUAGAAAGUAGGGAUACCUUUGCUAUAUUAAGUAGUUUUAUCCCAUAGCUAAUUUGAUUUCUCUCGCGUAACAAAAACUUUUGCUGUGACUGUGGUACAUGGAUUUCUAGAAAUUGUCAAAGUUCGACCACGAAAAGUCUUUACAGUCCUUUUUUAUUCAUAUGAAUAAAUCCCAUUUUUGACGGGCUUUUAUUUGAUAUAGAAUUCAUUAUUUACUCUAUUUGAAAUUAUAGCGAUACUCCCCUGGAAUAAUAUUAUUUCCAACCGUGUACAAUACUUUAAAAUAUUCAUAAGUUUAACUACAAUGAAAAUCACUUGAAAAGGAUUCAAGAUAAAAAAAGCACGCUCGUAAAUGACGAUAGAUCGUCGUAUAUUGGUGUUCUACAUAACUCUGUAUUACAGUUGUAUUUCUCGGUAUCAUAGACAGAAGAACCCGAUCGUUUACGGACUUCGUAUUUGAAGACUACAUACGACCUUUAUUCCACUCAGUAUUUCCCGGUAAGCUGUCGUAUGUCUGUGUAUUGUAUAUCGAGAAACAAGGUCCAAUACAGUGCAAUAUCAAAUAUAUGCAAUCGUUUCACAGUGUACAUGGAUUUACUAUUCCUCAUCUAUGGAUACAGCUACUAGCUCAACAUGAAUUCUAAUACCUAACUGCCCACUGUCAUUUUACGCAGUCAUUCAGCUCAAAAUCAUAGCUAUGGUCGUUUAUGUCAUAGUUACGUUUAUUUGUGUCACAGAAAUGGUCAUCGGUAUCAUCGUCGUGGUCAUCUGUACCAUGGCUCUGAUCUUUGGUACCAUCAUUGUGGUCACUCGAACCAUGAUUGCGAUCCUUUGGAUCAUCGCUAUGGUCACUUGUGGAGGUGUGAGUGAAGGUGUGCUGGGUGUGCGAAUGUGUGUGGAUGUAGAUGUGGUUGAAAAGAAAAGGAGCACCCGCACCCCACACCCACCAGACUAUACCGAGAGUAUAUACCGCUACACAUCGGUAUAAGCCUUAUACCGGCGGUGUAAAGCGUAUAUUGGCAUGCAUCGGUAUAAAACUUGUAUCAGUUCUAUAGACUAGUAUAUACCGGUA